UCGCCUCCUUUCGUACACCCACCUCCAUUCAAAUCCCUGAGAUCUAAAGCGAGAUACACUAUGGCCCGAUCACGCGGAGGCUGCCUGAAUUGUAAAGCCCGCAAGCGAAAAUGCGACCAGGCUCGCCCAGAGUGCCACGCUUGCUCCCAAAGGGGCAUAAGGUGCCAGGGUUACUCUACUCCUCUCCGCUGGGUCAAUGGCGUCGCUUCUAGAGGCAGAUUUGCCGGAGCCUCUGUGCCCGACGCGUCAUUGGUCGCGAUCCAAGGGCCUGAGAGCCAUCAGGAUCUGCUAGCGAUGGAGUCCGAGACUUCCUCUGCUCCUAAUCAAGAUACGUCAAGUACCGCGUCUGGCUCAAUCUCGUCAUCUGCCUUCUCACCCCGGGCUGUCGGCGUGCCCUCACCAGAUGCUCAAGACCCGAUCUUUCAGAGAUUCAUGAACAAUGGCCUCAAUCGGCUGUACUCUACGGAAGCGAGCUCAUGGAUCAAACCGUUCUUUGAGCAGAUGGCUUAUCAGAGCCCUGCGCUAGUCAUGAUUGCCAGUGCCAUACAGGGUUAUAUGGAUGAUGGAAAUCGGGGCAUGUCUGUAAAGUCGAUGGAAUAUGUCGACUUGGCACUGCAGACAUUCCGACAAGAACUUUCUGCUCGUUAUGAGCGAAUGCACCUCGCGACAAUAUGCGCUGGCUUACUAGUCUGUUCAUUAUGUCUACUGCAAACCCAACCAUGGACAAUGUACCUCGAACUCAUAGUCGACGUCUACGAUCUCAGAACCAAACUCAGCACAGUUGGACAAAUUUCCAAUGAUCUCCAUACUCAACAUCUUCUUGAAGUCCUUGGUGUAAUGGAUCUUCCGUCCAUGGUCAUCGGUCGAAUAAAUCCAUCCAUCGGCGUCUGGAAACUUUUCCGUCGUCUUCAAGAUGACCGCGAGGAAGGUCGAGCGACCGGUAUCGAAGUCGUAUCAGGCAUUCCCCGCUCUCUCAUCGAUAUCUUUGCUAGCAUCGUCGACAACGAUCCAGAGUACACCGAGAAUCGCUUCUGGGCCUGGCCGGGACAGGUAGGUGAGUCAUUACAGUGCCACUACUGGGAAUGCUGGCGAUUGGCAGGCAUCCUGGAAGUCCGUCGUCGACGGAGAAUGGAGCGAAAAGCAAUAGGUCUUCAGGACCGAGACGACGACAUGUUGAGGAAAGCUCCAGAUACAGAAGUCGUUCUAUGUCGUCUCAUCUCAUCGAUAGAUGCCCUGCAAAAAGCCUUCGAAGAACCUCGCAACCAACACCUACUUGUCCACAAUGGACUUCCAUAUGCAGUCGUCAACGCUGGUCUAGAAGUCCCGCUCCUCAAACAACAUCCAACCUGGAAAGCAACACUCGACGACGUCAGGGCGUCAUUACUUGACACAGAUUCCUUUGAUCUAAUCAACACUUUGUUUGAAAUGCUUGAUGAGGCUUGGGCAGAUGGGACAGCUACUUUUGACAUUGAGAGCGCAGCACGCUCUAGGAACCUUGAACUUGCUAUUUUUUAACGGCGUUGGGAAUAAUCGGCG